AUGGCGCCUUGUACUGGGUUUGAUACCGACCAGAUUAAGGACAAAGCGAGGAAGGAUCUUUUGUACUUGUUAGAGGGCGUAAGUAAGGACUCCCAUUCCCAGUACGUGAUGGGUCGAUGCGCCUCUGCUAACCUCUCGAUGUGCAGGUUCGCGGAAAGAAGAUCCUGGUGAUUGAAAGAGAGUUGGGCGAUUCGUUGCGGCUAUUCGUCAAAUACUCCACACUGCUGGAAUAUGGCGUAACCAAGACCUUCUUUCUGGAGAACGGCGAUGCAGAUGUCAGUCAACAAAAUGUCGUCUUCAUUGCUCGAGGGGAGUGUGCAAAGCAUGCUCAAUCCAUAGCUGGUACGUCGGGGGCAUUCUCAUACUAUCUACUGUACACUACAGAUUCACGAUUUUCUCAACUUCAUGGGCUCUUAGACAGAAGAUGCAGUAGUACUACCUCCACUCUGCGUAUUCUUGGUUGAGCCCAAAAUGGAUGAUGAUUCGGCAUGGAUUAAUAGUCUCUCUUUCAUUGUACUCCAUAUGCUUGUGAUACUGCCAUUACAUGCUGACAUCCCCAGAUCACAUCAAGCGUAUGCAACGUGAGACUCAAACAGGACAUGAAUUUUCCAUUUUUUGGGUGCCUCGGCGGACGCUGGUAUCUGAAAAGAUACUUGAAGAUGCGGGAGUUUUGGGUGACACCAGUGUUGCCGAGUUUCCCCUUUACUUUAUGCCGUUGGAGAAAGAUUUGUUGUCCUUGGGACUGGAGGACUCUUUCGCAGAUCUGUACCUUCGAAAAGACCCCACGCCAAUAUUCAUAAUGGCACGUGCAUUGAUGCUCAUUCAACAAAAGCAUGGUCUUUUCCCGCGGGUUACUGGAAAGGGAGAUAAUGGGAAGAAGCUCGCGGAUCUACUCGCGCGGAUGCGACAGGAAUUGACGGCGGGAGAGGACUCUACAGAAAGCACUAAGCUGGGCCUGACACCAAGCAACAAUAUGGAAAGUCUGAUUGUCAUCGACCGUGAAGUUGACUUCGCUACCCCGCUCCUCACCCAGUUGACGUAUGAAGGACUGAUCGAUGAGGUUGUUGGGAUUUCGAACAACAGAGCUAUGGUUGACACUUCUAUUGUUGGUGCAGCAACUCAAGCCCCGGUCGGAACAUCCAGGGGAUCUGUAAGCUCAGCGUCCACCCAAGAAAAGAAGAGACAAAUUGAGUUGGAUUCAUCCGACAAGCUUUAUCCCCAAUUGAGAGAUACGAACUUUGCCAUUGUUGGACCUCUACUGAACAAAGUCGCUAGGCGACUGAAAGAUAAUUAUGAUCAAUUUUCAAAUCGACAGACUAAUCAAACCGUGGCCGAAAUGAGAGGUUUUGUGGACAAUUACCCAAGUUACCAAGCCGAGCAAAAAAGCUUGAAGGUUCAUACUGGAUUGGCCGAAGAAAUCAUGAAGCAUACACGCACUGAUCAAUUCACUAGCCUGCUUGAAAUCCAACAGAAUCUAGCAGCAGGAGCCGAUCCAGCAUCACAACACGACCCUAUUGAAGAGCUGAUUGCUCGAGAAGCACCACUCACUGAAGUUUUGAGAGUCUUGUGUCUGGAGUCGUGUAUUUCAGGGGGCAUCAAACCUAGGGAACUUGCGACAUUCAAGAGGAAUAUUUUGCAAGCCUAUGGCUACCAGCAUAUCCUCACUCUUGAUGCACUUGAGAAGCUGCAACUCCUUCUAUCACGAACAUCUCCCAUGGCUACCAUGAUUCCAAUCUCUUCAACGGUUGCAACUACUGCCACAAAAACAAACUACACCUAUUUACGUAAAGCACUUCGUCUCAUUGUAGAUGAGGUUAAUGAGCAAGACCCAAACGAUAUUGCUUAUGUAUACAGUGGAUACGCGCCGUUAUCAAUACGUCUAGUGCAAUGUAUUCUACAAAAACAAUACUUGACCUCAAUCACACGGGGGGGUGGUGCGAAUAGUGGUGCUGCUGGAACUGGUGGUGCAUCACAGGGGUGGCGUGGAUUCGAGGAAGUUAUCAAGCAUGUUCGAGGACAAACAUUUGACGAAGUGCAGAAGGGUGAAGAUAAGGCCGUCAAAGCGAGAGCUUUGCUCACUGGUAGUGGGGAAAAGAAGACUGUGUUUGUAGUUUUCCUAGGUGGCAUCACAUUCACCGAGAUCGCUGCCCUGAGAUUUAUUGCGAAGAAGGAAGAGGGUAUGUUGGGUCUACAUCCACCUGAAUUUUUACUAACUGAUCAUAGCACGGAAACAAAUCAUUAUUUGCACGACGUCGAUAGUCAGCGGGCCUCGAAUUAUGGAUGUGGCGAUUGAGAAGGGUACUUUGGGGAAGAAUACUGCUCCUGCUGUAUGAUUUGAUGCCCUUAUAGUUUACUUCGAUAUCACGACAUUUCAUAAAGUAAACAUCACUCCUGAUGAACUCCUUUUCUCUGAUUAAAUAAUUUUGCAUGUGGUCUCCCUGAUAUAUUUGGUUUUCGUCAAUUAUUUCCCUCUUUGGCAAUUUUUCGGUCCUGA